CAUAGCCAAAGGACUUAGUUCUCCCCAUUUUUUCGUAAUUGCAGUUGUCAAAUAAAAGUGCCAAAACACGUAUACUUUACAGGCUAACAAAAUGGAGGACAAUUCCAAUUCAAAACGCCUCGUUAUUCUUUUCUCCAUUUGCUUGGUUUUACUUCCCAGUCUACUCGUCUCUUCCUUGUGGAUGGCUAAAAAACGACGCCCAAAUCACAGCAAUGAAGUGACCAACGACGUUGCUACCAAGCCGGACGAGUAUUACUACAGAGAUCCUCGUCCUCAGGUCGUUUACCUCGACCACAUUGUCAAGAAAUUUCGUCAAGAUUCGAAAGACAAGUCGAGCCGCUACGGAAGUUCGUACACCAAUUUGCAAGUGAUUGACGACACAUCAGUAGCCAAUAAUGAUUACACAUCGGACGCUGAUUACCAUAACGAUGUUGAUCCGCAUCAUUAUGGCGAGAAACCCAACUGCAACGAAGACAAAAAGAAGAAGAAAAAAGUGUGGAACAACCUGUCAAAGAAGAAGAAAGCGAGCAUCAUUUUAGGAUCAAUCGGCUUUGCUUUCGGUAAAUUAGGUUUAAUUUCUUUUUCUUCGCUUGUGGUAACGGAGGAAACGACAACAACAUCAACGACAUCGACUACAACACCAACAACGACAACAUCUACAACUUCAACAACAUCGACGACAACUCCGACGACGACGAUAUCGACGACGUCUACGACAACAACGACCACAACAACCACAACAAUGAUGCCGAUGACGUGCUCGACUACGAUGAACACUGCUACUGGAUCGUACAAAACGAUUCGAACUCCAGGCACCCAGGUGGAACAGUGUCUCUCCGUCACCGUAGCUUUGGGUAGCAACAUCCGAAUUACCUGCACUUCCAUCAACGUUUCAACUGGCACAUACGUCACGUUUUUGGAUCUGCUCGGGACGAAUAUACUGGCCAAUCCACCCAUCUUAAACACAGCGUACACCACAGCGGACAACACGUUGAUUAUCAAAUCGCUCGCCAGCAGUGCCAACGCCGAUCAGCUGUGCUGCGAUUGGGUUACAGUUUAAACUGCCCUCCAUUUCUUAAUUUCCAUAUUUUUGUUCCCAUUUUCAUCAUUGCCUCGUCUUGCCUUGCUCAACGUUCAACUAAUAAAUCCUUGUUCUUAACACAAACAUCAAUUGACGUCCAUAUUUCGAUACAAACGUGUAUACAAUGUGUGUUUUCCAAUGAAUGUACAC